GGAGGGUAUGAGGGGCAUUUUAGUCAUUUGAUUUUACCGACGCGCUAUUGAUUGAUGUCUACCGUAUUUUAUGGCCGUAAGUUGCCGUAGUGGGAACGCAAUUACAGAAUAGUGAUACCCUUAUGACAUGUCAAAGUCAACGAUUAUGUCGCUGCCUUUUUUGAUCAUUCGUGUUAUUUAUCGUCACCAGGGUAAUGAAUGCCGUUUAGAGUAAUGCAUGUUCACAGAUUGUUCAUGGAUACCAAGUACAGAGGAGGCUCUUUUUAUCCAAUUUUUUGGAUCUUUACAGGCGUAUUCUGCAGUGGAGGAUUUGAUUUGUCUCUUGUCGCCGGAGUCAGCACCAUCAGGCCCGGGGAUGAGCUCAAUUCCACUACCACUACUUUCCUAGUUUCUGAAAGUGGGAACUUCACCCUAGGGUUCUUCAAUAUUCAAGAAACUAAUUACAGUUAUUUGGGUAUUUGGUACAGCAAUGAUGAUCAGAAUAGGAGAGUAUGGGUUGCCAAUCCAAACAAUCCUAUUUCCAGCAAUUCUGGCGUUCUCGCCAUGGAUAGCACUGGGACCUUGCAGAUUACUAGUGGAGGGAAGACAGUUCUGAACAUUUAUGAUCAGAGUUCAUCUGGAAACAUUACUGCUAAACUAGAAGAUACUGGCAAUUUUCUUCUGACUGAUGAAGUUGAGAGCAAGACUUUGUGGCAGUCCUUUGAUCAUCCGACCAACACACUUUUGCCUGGCAUGAAACUUGGUUCCAACACUGCAACUGGGCAGAGCUGGAAUCUUACUUCAUGGCUGUCUGAAUAUUCUCCAGCGUCGGGGGCCUUCACUUUGAAAUGGGAACCUACCAAUGAGUCAGGGGAGUUGGUCCUGUACCAGCGAGGAGUGCGGUACUGGGCUAGUGGGACCCUGAAAAAUCAAUCUUUCGAAUUCAUGUAUGUGAAUCUUGAUUGGGAUCCGUACCAUUACAUCCUCAAUUACACAUCCAACAAUGAUGAGAAGUUCUUCAGUUUUAGUCCCCCUGAUGGAAGCAUCUUCAGUUUUAGUCCCCCUGAUGGAAGCAAUUUAUGGAUGUGGCAAUUGACUCCAAUUGGGGGGAUUCUUGAUGCUCAUAGAUACUUUAGGAUAGAAGAUUUUUGUUAUGGGUAUCAAUCGAAUGAUGGAUGUGUGAAUUCAGAGAGGCCCCAGUGCAGGAGAAGUAAUGAUAAAUUUGUGAAGAAGAGGGCACGUUUUUCAGGAAGUGAUACUUCUAAUCAAUAUGAUAAUAAUUCAAGCCUAAACAUUAGUGAUUGUAUGAAGAAGUGCUGGAAUGAUUGCAAUUGUAUUUCUUUUGCUGACUAUAGCGAUGGAACAGGUUGUAUAACUACAACUGGAAGUUCGGAGUAUUUAGUGGAAAACGUCGAUUACCCUCCUGCAUAUGUGCUGGCUCGAGGAAAUUCAUCUAAAAGUAAAUAUUGGAUAUGGAUUGUGAGUGCAGCUACUUCUCUACUUAUUGUCAUUUUGGGCAGUCUUUGUUACCUAAGAAUGAGAAGGCUCAGAAUAGAAGGAGAGGAGAAAAAGAGGGAAAAAGACGAUAUAAAGGAGUUGAUGCAGUUUGACAGCCUUAAUAUUGCAACUCAUGUUGAAGAUGAUGGAACAGAAGGUCAUGACUUGAAGUUACUUAGCUUUGCAUCCAUUUUGGAGGCUACAAAUAACUUCUCAGAAGAAAAUAAGCUUGGACAAGGUGGUUUUGGACCUGUUUACAAGGGAAAGUUACGAGAAGGAAGAGAAAUAGCAAUUAAGAGACUUGCAAGAAUGUCAGGCCAAGGCCUUGUGGAGUUAAAGAAUGAACUUAUACUAAUUUCCAAACUCCAGCACAGGAAUCUUGUUCGGGUCCUUGGGUGUUGCAUUCAUGGAGAAGAAAAGAUGUUAAUAUAUGAAUACCUUCCGAACAAGAGUUUGGAUUUCUUUCUCUUUGAUCCAUCUAAAAGGGAGCUACUAGAUUGGAAGAAACGUUUAGAUAUCAUUGACGGGGUUGCUCAGGGGUUGCUUUAUCUUCAUAAAUACUCAAGAAUGAGAGUGAUACAUAGAGAUUUAAAAGCCAGUAAUGUAUUAUUAGACGAAACCAUGAACCCCAAAAUAUCUGAUUUUGGCAUGGCAAAAAUUUUCAAGCAGAAUGAGUUUGAAGCAAUUACUAACAGGGUUGUUGGAACAUAUGGCUAUAUGUCACCUGAGUAUGCCAUGGAAGGUACUUUCUCAGUGAAAUCUGAUGUUUUCAGCUUCGGAGUGUUGAUCUUGGAAAUUGUGAGCGGUAGAAGAAACACUAGCUUCCAUAAUUUUGAUACCCGUUCGAUCAACCUCAUUGGAUACGCAUGGGAGCUGUGGAAAGGAGGGACUGCAUUGGAGUUGAAGGAUCCAGCACUGGGAGAUUCGUGCGUCACAAGCCAGUUGCUAAGAACCAUUCAUGUGGGUCUUUUGUGUGUGCAAGAAAAUGCAAGUGAUCGGCCUACAACACCGGAGGUUAUCUCUAUGCUCGGUAAUGAAACUAUGGCUCUGCCAGCUCCCAAACAGCCAGUAUUUUUCACCGGAAGAAAUGUGCUUCGAACGGCGGAGAAUGCAUCUGAAAGUAGGCCAAAAGAUCGUUCAGUAAAUGAUAUGACCAUUUCUGUGAUGGAUCCGCGAUAAUGGAGACUUAUAAACUGCCAUAAAUUGGCGAGGGAUUGGCACAGUUGCAGAAUGGUUAUGGCAUCUUUCCAAAUUGCCCAAUUCUGCCAAACUUAUAAUACGGGUCUGUUCAUACUUCAUACUAUAAAACCUUGAUUCACCUGUUAUUGUAUAAAUCCUAAUUGAAAUCUGAGAUUGAUCAUAAUUCAUUUUGUUUCUUGUAAUA